CGUGGCACCAAUGUCCUCCUCUGCAGCCCCCCAGAGCUCCCAGCUGCUGCCAUGGACGAGUGGGACCUGCCCCAGUGGAAGAAGGAGGUGGAGAGCCUGAAGUACCAACUGGCCUACAAGAGGGAGAUGUCCUCCAAGACAAUCCCUGAGUUCGUCAAGUGGAUCGAGGACGGCAUCCCAGAAGAUCCCUUCUUGAACCCAGAGCUGAUGAAGAACAAUCCCUGGGUGGAGAAAGGCAAAUGCAGCAUCCUGUGAGGGCUCAGCACCCCGCUCAGCACCGCCGCCUGC